GCGUAAAAUAUAUUGUGUCGCAUUCGAAUUUCUAAGCGUAUUGAAAAUAGUCGACGAGAAUGAAAAACAGAGUGAUGUAUCUAAUUAUUGUUUUGUUCACUGGUUUAAUAGUAAGUGUUUGUGGUGAUGAAGAUUUUGCUCUCGAUGAUAAUUCCCUUUAUUUUGGCUUAUUGAAUGGCGAUGAAGAUACUGGCGUCGGUAGAGAUGACAAGGUUGAAACUGUUCAAGAAGAACAACCCAAACUAAUAGAUGGAUUAUGGAAGUGCGGCAAUUGUACUAAUAUAAAUGAAUCAAAGGUUUUAUUCAGCGAAACCUUAGAGCUUGACACAAACUAUGAGGAUACUGGAUACGAAUUACAGAUUGAAUUGGCGGUAAACAAUAUGAGAUGUAUUAUUAUAGAUGCUGGGGCGAUUGAUGUACGGCGAAUAUCCGGCGCGUGCGCUGGUGGAGAUGUGACCUUGAGUAUUACUCAAAACUGUACCGUUGAUGUGAAGAUAUACGAAUAAUAUUGUUAUCUAGGCAUUAAGUUGAAGGACUUGUGAUAGAUUCUUUAAUCUUAGAAAAAAAAAACAUGAUUUUCAAGAACUAUUAUGUAUAUCAUAAACUUAUACUAUCACUUCACCCUAUCACAGUCCACUGCUGGACAUAGGUCUCCAUAAGUUCGCGCCAAAAAUGGCGUGAACUCAUGUGUUUCUACCAUAGUCACUACGCUGGGCAGGCAGGUUGGUGACUUUGGUGGCAUUGUCGCACUGAAGACGCUUAAGUAACUUAAACUUAUAUAUUAACUUACUAACUUAAACUUAUAUAAUUAAGCUUAUAUAUACUACAUAAAUGUAUUUAAGCUGUAUAUGAACCAACCAAUAUCUGUGUAACGUAUGUAUUAAAUAUUUUUUAAUAUUAUUUCUAAAAAAAAA